CUACCGUAGUACUGCACCCAGUGUAGUUCAAUCUGAUCCAAGAUGUCUGUUGCGGCAUUGACACGUCGCGUUUUCGGUCAACAAAUACCCAAUUUCGUCGGUUUAACGGUCUCGGUGUUGUCCCAAGUGCCAAAAAGGUGCAAAUGGAAACUCGUGAAGCUACCACAACCGGGCACUGGCAAAGCUUUUCGACGUAUCGUACAUUAUAAGGACCAAUACACGGUGGAACCUUUACAGGUUACGAAUCUAGCAGGCAGGGAUCCUGUUACAGGCAGACUAGUAGCCAAAGGUAUCGGGGGUGGCAUAAAGCACAAGUUUCAUUGGAUCAAGUGGAUCAGGGAUGGACCCAAGGAUCUUAAUGAACCGCCAAAAGAAGAGAAAGUCCUAGAGGUCUUUAAGGACGGUUGUAGAACGAGUUUUGUCGCGUUAGUCGGUACCGGUCGCGAACUCAAAUACAUUUUAGCUACGGAGAACAUGAAGCCGGGCGACAUAAUACGUACUCAUCAGGGAAUACCACGUAAUCCUGUGAGACCCUCGGAGGGAGACGCCUAUCCUCUCGGUGCCUUACCCACGGGAACUCAGGUUCAUUGUGUAGAAAAAUUUCCGGGACUAGGUGGAUUCUUAAUUCACUCUGCCGGCACUGUCGGAACGAUAACGAAGCGAGAGGAGGAUCGCGUGGUAGUACAGAUGCCUAGCAAGAAGCUUUUUAGCCUUCACGAGACGUGCAUGGCUACGGUUGGUCGAUUGUCGAAUAUCGAACACGAUUCCACACCGAUUGGUAGCGCGCAGAAAAAUCGGGAAUUGGGAAAUCGACCCAGGAGUGGUUUGUGGCAACGCAAAACUGGUAGAUUCGGCCGUAAAAUCAAACCACCUCCUCGUGUACAGCGUGUUGGCGAUCCAAAAUACGCACCACCUGAAAUACUAGUUUUGAAUACCAGUCACAAUGCUUGAGCUACUUGAUGAAUACAUUGCCGUAGGUUAAGGUAUAGUAUAAUAAAUGCUCCUUUCAAACACUUAA